AUGACGAUGGCAACAUGGAUGAAGAUGACGUCAUUCCCCCAUCUUCUAUAAACAUCAGUGAGUCUUUGGACAGUGAUGUUGUCAUCCAAAGACGGAAGACACGUUGGACACAGCCACCUGCAUCUGCAACUGUGGCUGUGCCUGGAAAAGCUCAUGUGAGAGUGAAAGGGCCAGCUGAGGUUAUCAGCAGAUAUAAAAAAGUCUUGAAAAGCUUCAGCAAAGUCCGCACCAUGACUGAAGCCUUCAGAAUCAAUGGCGUGGACCAGGGAACCAUCAAGAUGACUGCUGCAAUUGCAGAGCUCAACAUCGUGGAUCCUGAAACCUUCAAGACCCUGAAGUAUGAUCCUGCAACUGAGACCCUGCAGUCCUUUGCCAAGAGGUGUGCAACCCACAUUACCCCUGAGAAGAAGAGCAUUCUAGAGGACAUGAAGACCAAAGGCCAACUCCUCCCCUUGUUGAUGAAAUAUUAAAACCUAAGUGAGUUGCUUUGUUCAGUUAAAAAUCUGUUGUAUUGUAUUGGAAAGGGGAAUAUUAACCUGUGCAGAUUUUGUUUUAUCCUUGUUAGUGCACAGGGGAAAUAAAUCACCUGAUGCAGUAAUUAUAGAGCAAGUUUAGGCUGUGA